AGCCCGGCGCCGUUUCCCCCUUAUUGCCCGGUUCCUCGGUUCCCCAACUGCCUGUGUGGCUACCCGGAGCGUCUCCCACCGAGGGGCCGGGAACUGGGGAGUCAUGGCUGAGGUGAAAGUGAAGGUGCAGCCGCCCGACGCGGAUCCGGUCGAAAUAGAAAACAGGAUUAUAGAAUUAUGUCACCAGUUUCCCCAUGGAAUCACAGACCAAGUAAUUCAGAAUGAAAUGCCUCAUAUAGAAGCCCAGCAGCGGGCCGUGGCCAUCAAUAGACUCCUGUCCAUGGGUCAGUUGGAUCUCUUAAGGAGCAAUACGGGACUACUGUAUAGAAUAAAGGAUUCUCAGAAUGCUGGCCCUGUAUCAUUCUUUUUAAGUAAAAUGAAAGGAUCAGAUAACCAAGAAAAACUAGUAUAUCAAAUCAUAGAAGAUGCAGGAAAUAAAGGAAUAUGGAGCAGAGAUAUCCGGUACAAAAGUAACUUGCCAUUAACAGAAAUUAACAAAAUUCUAAAGAAUUUGGAAAGUAAAAAGCUUAUCAAAGCUGUUAAGUCUGUGGCAGCCUCAAAAAAGAAAGUAUACAUGCUCUAUAACCUGCAACCGGACCGAUCUGUGACUGGUGGAGCCUGGUACAGUGAUCAGGAUUUUGAAUCAGAAUUUGUAGAGGUGCUUAACCAACAGUGUUUUAAAUUCCUACAAACCAAGGCAGAAACAGCACGAGAAAGCAAACAGAAUCCAAUGAUACAAAGAAAUAGUUCAUUUGCCUCAUCACAUGAAGUGUGGAAGUACAUCUGUGAACUGGGGAUCAGUAAGGUAGAGUUGUCCAUGGAGGACAUUGAAACGAUCUUAAAUACACUCAUUUAUGAUGGGAAAGUGGAGAUGACUAUCAUUGCUGCAAAAGAAGGCACAGUUGGCAGUGUAGACGGACACAUGAAACUGUACAGAGCAGUCAAUCCAAUCAUCCCGCCCACGGGUUUGGUCCGGGCACCGUGUGGACUCUGCCCGGUUUUUGAUGACUGCCAUGAAGGUGGUGAGAUUUCACCAUCUAACUGUAUUUAUAUGACAGAGUGGCUCGAAUUUUAACAGAGAAUAGGAACUUUACUGACAUUUUGCAAAUGAAGUUACUUUGGGAGCAGAUAAUUUAACUCACGAUGGAACAUCAAAUUCCCUUGAAAGCAAACUUCACAAUAAUGGACAGACGUGCUGCUAUGCAAAAGUAUUUUUUUAAUCUAUGAAGACUAAAUUUAUAUUGGUAGAGUAGCCAACAGAAUAUGAAACAGGUAAGGUUAAUAGUGAAAUUCAUUCUUCAAUAAAUAUAAUACUUUGAACUUCCAGAAGACCACCUCUGAAGCUUUCAAGACUUUUGAUGGUUCAUGGAAAAAGAAGCCAACAAAUCCAUGUUUGCCAUAUACUACAAUAAUGACUAAAGUUUAAAAAUGCCCAUUUUAAAGUUAUUUAUUAAGGUCUUCAUUGGAAAGUUUUAUCUGUUCACUAUUGCCAUUAGUUUUCUCUUUUCUCAGUGGUUUCAUUGGGAAGGAAUCAAAAGCGGUGAGGCAGGAAUAGCACUUAGAGGCAUGAGUGGGGGAAAGUGUGGAACAUCCCUUUCCACACACUAUUCAUUCCUUUUUACAUCAGAAAUAUUCUUUGAGUAUUAUGCCUUUGUUCUUACCUCAAAUGCAAAUGACUGUUGCCAGAGAUGUUUUCAGUGCAUAAAUAUGAUUAUUCUAGUCCUAAAGAGAAUGUUUUCACUGAUCCUUCUUUGUCAGAGUCUUCCAAGUUUCACUCUGUGGCUCAGCUGCCUUAUUUGCUAGAAUUGCCCUAUAAUGCAUUGCCCUCCAUUCACACUUUAUUGUGAGCGGGGUACCACUCCACUUUUCUUGUCUUAUUUUAGAUUUUUUUUCUUUACGGUCUUAGAAGUCAUGGUGUAAUUGGUCUAACCUAAGCAAAAAGCCAUUAUAAUUUUUCUCAGUUCUAAUAGUACUUUCAAGCCUGCGUUAUUUGGUGUAUUGUUGCACAGAAGUUAGCUUUUUAGGAUCUCAGCAAUUGUAUUUUCACUUUGUAGCUCUACUUAAUGAUUUCUGUGUCCAAGCCAAAAGCAUGGGACCAAAGGAAAGGAACUCAAAGCCAGCUACUACUGAGGCCUGAGUUCAAACACCAGUUUGGAUAUACUCCAAGUGGUAAACAUCAGAAGGGUUAUUUUGAGAUAUAUGGGAUCAAUAAAAUAAAAUUCAGUUCAGUAACCAACUAAGAACCAGGUGGAGACUGUGGCCAGCUCUAUAGAAAUAUAAUCACUAACACUAGGACUUUGAAACAAAGAUCAUUUCAGGUAUUGGAUAUAUAGAGAAGAAUCUGGGAGCCUGAAACUACAACACCCGCAGAGAGUGCUGGAAUAGUAACAUUAUCUGUCCUUGGGACCUGGCCUGUCAUGAAAGUGCUAGUCUUAUUUAAUGAGAAAACUGAACUUGGGGAAGAGGUACAGGUGGGGAGAAGGAAGCAGUUCAUGUAUUAAAUACAGACUUUGCAUUGUGUCUUGACAGCCAAAGAUUUUAAAGCUUACAAUCUGAGACCGCAACAUAAAUGCUUUUCCCACAGCAUGUUUUUCAUUCUAAAUAGUAGCUGAAGGAGAAAAGAGACAAAAAUACUGUGUCUUUAAUACAUAGUUAAGUGGAUAUUUACCCAUCAGAAGUAAACUGUGACUAAAACAAAUUAUGGAGCUAUUGACUCCUGACACGAGAAAAUCAAAUUGUGAGUGAAGUCCUAAUCCUUACAGUUGAUUUCCAUUUAGUAUAAGAUAUUUUGGUCACCUAAGUAUAGAUAUUCCCUGGAGUCGGUUAGGGCCCCUCAACUCUGCUUAAUAAUGAUCCAUUGGGAAUCAGUCAUGAGAGACCAUGAUUCAGUGGUUUAAAUGGGUAGUUUAUGUGGGAUUCUUCUAUAAAACUCCUCUGAGCUUAAUUUGGUGAAGAGUAAAUUUUAUGCAGCCAUGAUUUUUACAGCGAUCAACUGAGUAAAUGAGUCAAACAAUUUCAAGUUGAGUGACUUUUACUUUGAACCAUUAUUAUUACAUGGUGGGUAGGAAGAAUAAAAAUACAUGUCCUAGACUACUGCUGUCCCACAAACUUUUUAUAAGGAUGACAGUAUUCCAUAUCUACUGUUCAGCAAAGCAGCCACUAGUCACCUGGGCUGUUAAAACUUGAAAUGUAUAAAUUUCAAGUGUGAAUGAAGAACUGAAUUUUUAAUCUUUUAGCUCCCUGUGGUUAUUAGCUACCAUAUUGGAUAACACAACUAGGUCUAGAUUAAUUAUAGGAAUGAAGAAUAUCACAAUUACUUAUUUCUCAAUUGUAUAGAUUUGUUGCCUUUCUGUGGAAGAGGAGGACAACAUAAUAUUAUUAACUUAUUUGUAUAAGUCUGUAAUUUUUUUUAUGGCUUCUCUUUUUUUUUAAGAUUUUA